AUGACUUUUCCGAAGGCUGUUUUCUUCGGAGAUUCUCUAACCCAGUUUGGUUGGACUCAUGAAGGUGGUUGGCUAUCAAUCCUGGCAUCAACUUUUGUCAGGAAGAUAGAUAUUGUUGGGAGAGGUUAUUCUGGUUAUAACACUCGUUUGUGCAAACCAUUACUUCCAAUCCUCUAUCCAAAUAAGGACUCACUAAAGGAUUGUAAAUUUUUCACUAUUUUUCUCGGAGCUAAUGAUGCAUGUGCCACUCCACAACAGCAUGUACCAGUUGAAGAAUACAAAAGUAAUCUAAGUUGGAUGAUUGAAUAUAUUCAUAAAUUGGACGUGCCUACGGAUCACAUUUCACUAAUCAGUUUACCUCCUAUUGAUGAGAAUAAAUGGGGUGCUAUUGAAAUAGCUAAAGGAAGGGCAAUUACACGAAGACUAGAUACUUGUGCGACCUAUGCAGUUGCAUGUCAAGAGGUUGCCAACGUCAAUGAAGUUAGUUUUGUGAAUUUAUAUGAAGCUAUGUUAAUGCAAAAGAAUUGGGAGUCUUUUCUUUCAGACGGUUUACACUUUUCCAGAAAAGGAUCUGAGUUUUUGGCAAGGAUCUUAGAAAACUUACUUACGGAUAAAUUAGGUGACUUAAAGUGGUGGUUUCCAGAUUGGAAAGUUAUAAACCCGAACGAUCCAGCGGAGUUUAUCAGUCACUAUCUUCAGUCCCAAAUGUGA